GAUUUCGAACAUGCUCAGGUAAUAAAUUCUCUCCAAAACAGCCGCUGAGAUCUGUGCCGAUUUGCCGCCUAACCAAUCAAGAAGUGUCAGCAUGGCUAACCCCAUUAAACGGGCAUCGUAUACUCGCAACGAAAACCCGCUGUAACCCAGUCGCAACCCCCUUCAUUUGAUUUCGGCGAGUAUUGCCCGCAAACAGUAGUCGUCCAAACGGCCAGGCUUGAGUCCCUGAUAACUCUCUACUAACUAUGAAUAGUGCAGCCAGCUCUACUAUAAGAUGGAUGUAACCUAGCGUCUUGGCCUCUUCUUGUCUCCUCGCACUCUGCAGCUGUACUGACCUCUCAUUCUGCUUCAUUCACUCUUUUCUCAAAACAACCAAGAUGCGUUCAUUCUCUUCCCUCGCCGCUCUCCUUCUCGCUGCGCGAAUUGUCGCUGCCGGCCAGUACGAUGCGUGGAAGUUUGGCAACAUGUUCACCCUGGGCUCUGAUACCAGUGUUAUCACCAAGGCCACUUACUCCCUCAUAUCUCCGUCCACCCCUUGCGGCACCGUCAUCGCCAACAAGAAUGACUCGCCCUGGAUGGCGAUCUGGGUUGGCAUCUCCCACUCUAUCAGCGACCAGAGCAACAACCUUUACCAGCCUGUUAUGAACUGGGCCCCGGAUAACGUUGCUAACGGAUGCCCUGCCUCAAACAAUGAGUGGUGCGUGUUUGCUAGCACCUUCACUGGUACCACCCAGAUUGCCCAGGACCCCGUCGCCAUUCCCCUCAAGUCCGACGUCGACUUUGAGCUCGUCUACGAUGCUUCAAAGGGUGUGACCCAGAAGGUUUGGAUCAAUGGCGCCAUGGUCUCGCAGCAGACCGAUCUCGACGCCAGCAGCAAGACCCCUACCUACAUCUAUUCCAGCAAUGAGUGCUACCAAGGCACCUGCGGAACCCUCGCUGGCUACAGCUGGAGCAACGUCACCGUCACCCUCGAGAAGGCCGACAAGACCUUUGGUGAUUCUCUGCAGCUUACUGGCGCUACCUCGACUGGCAUUAAGACGACCGACGACGGCAAGACCUGGCACGUUGAUGCCAUCAAGAUCAACGAGGACUACUUCUACUCCGAUGGCUCGAAGAAGCAGUGCUAAAUUGCUAACGAUACACCAGAUCUAGCUUAGAUCAUCUUCACUUCAGGGCUUAGCAGCCACAUCUCAAUUCUCUUCAAGCCAAUUUCAUCAUUAAAUUUGCUUGCCACAUCCGAAACAGCAUCAUUCCAAUCAGGUGUACCCAUAUGAGAUAGCUCCAACCCAAAUCGCUGAGCAGCGCCUAGAUCAAUGACAUCAAUGACAUCAAUGACAUCAAUGACAUCAAUGACAUCAAUGA